UUCACAACUUUGCGCACAUCUUGUAUCUGCGCAACUCUUUUUGUGCACUCUACAUUUGCAAGAAAAAUAUGUUGCAUGUGGACAUAUUUGCGCAGGUAUAAAAUGUACGCAGACUUGGAAGUUUGAGAGAAACGGUUCAAAUCUAUGAGUUCAUAUCACAUCUACGUAGACAAGUUGAAGAGUGUUGGAAGGUGUUAGGUGCAAAUGCGUUUUUCUCAAACCUUCAACAUUAAUUUUUGCGCAAAUGUCAUAUUCACGUGCAGAUAUAAUGUGCGCAGACUUAUCGUUAAGUGUGUACGCGUCGUACUAACUGUAGUAUCACAAUACCGGCAAUUUUGAUGAGUGGUAUAUCUGUGUCUUUCAUAAUAUAUGAUGUCAAAACACAUGAUAUUUGUUUGUAAAUAAAUAUUGCUUUGUCAUAUUUGUACUAGCGUGAUUAGGACCGAAGUUCAUAUGUAAUAGAACAGUCUGGUAGAAUGCAUCUCCGCAGAAAACUGACUUUAAUACUUUCAUGUUAUGUGCUUUUCGCAACAGUUUCGGCUUAUAAGCCGUUAGUUAUCAUGCAUGGAAUAUUAACCGGAAGGAAAAGUAUGGUUUCAAUGGCUGAGCACAUACAAGAGGCUCACCCUGGAACAGAGAUAACAAUUAUUAACAAAUAUGCUGCCUGGGAAAGUUUGGCUCCAAUGUGGCACCAAGUUGUUGAUGUAGGAAGAGAAAUAAUGAAGAUAUCAGCAGCUCACCCAGAUGGCAUUAAUCUUAUCGGUUACUCCCAGGGUGGAUUAAUAGCUAGAGCAAUUUUGCAGCAGUUUCCAAAUCAUAAUGUGAAAACAUUUAUAUCUCUCAGUUCCCCACAGGCAGGGCAGUAUGGCACACAGUUUCUUCAUCUGUUCUUCCCGAACCUUGUGCGUGAGACAGCCUAUGAACUCUUCUAUUCAUCACUGGGGCAGCACACCUCUGUUGGCAAUUAUUGGAAUGAUCCCUACCACAAGGAGCUAUACUACAACUACAGCAAAUUCUUGCCGUAUGUUAAUAAUGAGUUGGAAUCACCAUAUAGCUCACAGUAUAAGUAUGGUCUCACAAAGUUAGACAAUCUUGUACUUAUUGGUGGUCCUGAUGAUGGUGUCAUUACACCUUGGGAGUCUAGUCACUUUGGGUAUUAUGGUGAAAAUGGGAGUGUGAUAGAUAUGAGGAAACAACCUGCAUAUGUUAAUGAUACACUUGGUUUACAAACACUUGAUUUAAAAGGAAAACUAUUACUGAUUAAAAUUCAUGGUGUUAGUCACCUUCAAUGGCACAGGAAUGCAACUGUUAUUGAUAAAUUUUUGCUGCCAUUUUUAGACUGAAAUGAGUUUUAGAAUAAUUGCUUUUCUUGAAAUGAACAUUUAAUUCUAAAUAAAUAGUGAUUUAUUAUACAAGGAA